GCUAAAGAAUAUCAAAGGAGAACAAUGGAGAAGGAAGAGUUCUUGAGGAGUGGUCAUGGAAGAGAAGAAAGAAACGAGGAGAUGAGAAAACUUGAUUCUGAUCAAGAACACGACCAUAUUAUUAGAUCCAAGUUGGACUCAAUUAAAGUCGAAAUGGAGGAGGCUAAAGAUGAAAACCGAAGGUUAAAAUCAUCAUUGAGUAGGACAAAAAAGGAGUUUGAGAUCCUUCAAACACAAUACAACCAAUUAAUGGUAAUAAUACAUGAAGACCCGAAUAAGUUCUUACCAAAAGAAGAAGAUGAAGACAAAGAAAGAACUAGCGACCGUGAAGAACUUGUCUUGUUGAGCCUAGGUAGACGGUUAAAAUCACCGGUUCCAAGUGGCUCAAUGACAAAUAAAGAAGAGAAAAUGAAAGACUUCAUGAAGGAAACCGAUGAUGACAAAAGAAUUAAUGAACAAGGGUUAAGUAUGGGAUUUGAAUACAAAGAUUUGAGUAAUCCUAGUGAGAAGUUAGAGGUUGACCAUAAUCAAGAAAAGACGUCCUUGGAGGUUAGUAACAGUAAUAAGAUCCAAUCAGAGAAUAGUUUUGGGUUUAAGAAUGAUGGAGAUGAGCAUGAAGAUGAAGAAGAGCCAUUGCCUCAAAACAUUGCUAAGAAAACUAGGGUUUCUGUGAGAGCAAGAUGUGAGACACCGACGAUGAACGAUGGAUGUCAGUGGAGGAAAUAUGGCCAGAAAAUAGCUAAAGGGAAUCCAUGUCCUCGAGCUUAUUAUCGUUGUACCAUUGCACCUUCUUGUCCCGUAAGAAAACAGGUGCAAAGAUGUUCAGAAGACAUGUCUAUACUUAUCUCAACUUACGAAGGAACACACAGCCAUCCACUUCCCAUGUCAGCAACCGCCAUGGCCUCUGCCACUUCCGCCGCAGCUUCCAUGCUCCUCUCCCGAGCCUCCUCCUCCUCCGCAGCCGAUCUUCAUGGCAUUAACUUCUCUCUCUCCAGCAAUAGCAUCACUCCAAAACCACUCCUCCAAACUUCUUCAGGCCAUCCCACCGUCACUCUCGACCUCACAACCACCUCCUCGUCCCAACAACCAUUCUUAUCAAUGCUCAAUAGGUUCAGUGCUCCUCCUAGUAACGUCCCAAGAUCUAAUAGUUACCCUUCAACCAAUCUCAGCUUUUCAAACAACACCAACACUUUGAUGAAUUGGGGUGGUGGUAGUAACCGCAAUGAGCAAUACCGUGCACCUUACGGCAACACUAGCACCCAUCAACAAUCACCUUACCAACAUAUGAUUCAAACCCGAGCCGCUGGAUUAUCAUUUGACACAUUUGGAAGAUCUUCCUCAUCGUCUCCACAUCCCACACAAAACAGUCUUGACAACGUCAAUUUCAAGAAUAUUACUCAUGAUCAAGUGCAAUCUUUACCGGCGGAAACAAUCAAGGCGAUCACGACAGAUCCAAAAUUUCAAUCAGCCUUGGCGACUGCUUUAUCUUCCAUCAUAGGCGGCGACCUAAAGAUAGAUAAUGUGACUAGAAAUGAAGCCGAGAAGAGCCCUUAAAGUAUAUGUUCUCAUACUUUGGUAUAUGGUUUUCGUUUUAAUAGUUUCCUAGUUCAUCUAUACUUUGGUUUAUAAUCAUAAUUUUUAAUUUGCUGUUGGAGUUUAUGGAGGUAAUGUAUGUCAAACUUGAACAUAUAUGUGUCCCAUCUAACGACAUAGUUAAUUAUUUUUUUCUCUUACGUAAGAAUCAUGGCAUCAUCAUGGCAUCUAUAUAUAUUUAGACAAAGACGUGCAUACCAUAAUAAAUAAACAGACUAUACACUUUAUAUAUUAAUUAUUCUCUCUAGUCUAUAAUUAAUAUAUAUGGCGUCGCUUCAAUUUUCAUCUUAUCUCCUGGGAACAAACCAUAAAAACAUAACUCCACUCCGAUCUUCCAAAGCUAUUCUCCAGCCUCAUCCACCGAAUCGUGUCCCUCGAAAAGUUUUUUUUUUUGCGUUACGUGUCUCUCUAUAUACCAGUAACCUUUUGCGUCAGA